AUGGUCAAGCUCGGGUGGUUCGGCACCUGCGCCCUCACCGUGUUAUCGGUGACGGUCUCUGCUCUACCAACCGCUCCCAUCGUCAACAACAACGGCAACGCUUCAUUCGGUGCCGGGAUCGAUACCUCUGACUUUCACCGUCUCGGUAAGAGAGAUGCUCCGGAUUGGUACUUCCGCAUCUUGCCCUUGGGCGCUUCCAUCGUCUGGGGCGAGGGAUCUUCUAAGGGAAAUGGAUUCCGCAAGCCCCUAAGGGACCAGCUCAGGUAUCACGAGUUCAAGGUCAACAUGGUGGGCAGCAAGUCCAACGGCAACAUGGCCGACAAUAACGUCGAAGCAGUCCGCGGCUACCGCAUCGACCAAAUCCAGGACCAGCUGCUGCCCCUGUCCGUCGACUACCAGCCCAACAUUGUCCUCAUCCAUGCUGGCACCAACGACUGCGAUCAGAAUUUCGCCAUGGACAAGGCCAAGGAGCGCAUGUCCGGCCUCCUUGACCGAAUCAUUGAAAAGAUUCCCGACACCACCAUUAUCCUGUCCACCUUGAUCCAGUCUCGCCGACCCUCCAUCGAGGAGCACCGUACCAACUUCAACCAGGACAUUCGGAACCUCGUCGAGGAGCGAGCUGGCAGGGGCGACAAGAUCGUCCUCGCCGACAUGGACAAGCCCGACCGUCUCUUCUUCACCCAGGCUGACCUGAACGGGGGCGACGCGAUUCACCCUGGUGACCGCGGCUUCAAGAAGAUGGCCACCGUCUGGUAUGACGCCAUCAUGGCCGCCCACAACAGCGGUACCAUCUCUGCCCCCAAGGAGUCCGGCAAGGCCAACGACGACGCUAGCGACAACAAGACCUGCGAUAAGCAGCCUGGUCAGGCCCGCGGACCCGUACAGACCCAGCUCGGCAGCGGCACCGACGACGGCGAGUACGUCCACACGAGCGAGUACUUGGGCGUCCGCGGACCCUCCAUCUCCGCCCGCAAGGGAGCGGCUUUCUUCUUUGCCAAGCUGCGCUCACGCGACCUUGAUGACCUCGUGCUCCAAAGCGACGAGGACAAGCACACCUACCAGGUUUGGGACAAUAAGGGUGGCGCGGAUUGGGGCGAGCUCCUCGACGGCUCCAUCAUCGACGUGCACGAAGACUGUGAGCCCCACGCCGUUCGCUGGGCUGAUAUGAACAACGACGGGCGCGAUGACUUUGUCUGCAUUCGGGACGAUGGAAGCAUCCGCGUUUCUAUCAACCGCGGCGGUGGCAAGUUUGACAACGCCGUCGACUAUAGGAAGGGCGAGGGCAAGGGCGUCGACCGCGUGCACCUCGUUGAUAUUGAUGGCGAUGGCCGCUUCGACUACUGCAUUGCGGAGGACAAUGGCGACAUCCGCUGCUGGCGCAACAACGGUCAAGGCGACACUUCUGAGUUUUGGCAGCCUCUCGGCAUCGUCAACGAAGGAAACUCUGGGUUCGAGGGCCACGGCGGCGACCGCGAUGUCGCGGGUAUUCGCUUCGUCGACCUCAACGGCGAUGGUAGGAGUGACUGGAUGUGGGUCAACGGCCGCGGUAGGGCCAGCAGCAGCAUCGAGGGCAAGGGCGCCACGCACUUGGGCCAGGCUGUUGACGGUGUCCGCAACCAAAUCUACUUUGCCAGGGCUGUGGGCGAGACGCAGGACUUUGGUCUCCUGGGCCGCCACGAUUACGUCUGGGUCGAGAAGCAGAACCUUGAUCGCACCUACGAUACUAUCAAGAUUCACGUGUGGAAGAAUGUCGGCUGGGGUGCUACCAAGCUCAAGGGCGACGGUGUGCGCUACUGCAACAUGCUGGGUCACGAGGACGGCAGGGACGACUACGUCUGGAUCUUGUCCAAGGGCGAGAUGACGCUCUACCCCAACGAGGAUGACAGGGGUAGUGGUGUUCCCUGGGGCGCUCCUCGCGUGAUCUGGGACCCCAAGAAGGACCGUGAUAUCUACCUCGACAGGCGCGACCUCCACCUCGCUGACUGGAACGGAGACGGCGCCUGCGAUAUUAUUUAUGUUAACCCCAAGGAUGGCGGCGUCGAAGUGUGGCUGAACCAGAUCAAGAACACGGGCGACUUCAACUGGCUCAAGAUGGGCGACCCCUCGCCCGGCGCGGAUCUCAAGUGCAAGGAGAAGCGCGGCGUUGGCAUCUUCGACUUGGCCGUGCGCUUUGCCGAUCUUACGGGUAACAAGAAGGCCGAUUACCUGUGCAUCGAAACCAACGGCCGCGUCACCGGUUUCUUGCACGAGAACGACGGCGGCUUCACCAAGGUCGACCAGAUCAAGUUCUCCGUGGGCAAGGACCGCGCCAACCACCGCUUCGCUGACGUCAACGGCGACGGCCUCGCCGACUUCCUCUGGAUCGACAAGUUCAACGGUGACACGCACGUCUGGUACAACCAGGGCCGCGAGAAGCGCGAGGGCUCCGAUAUUGGCUGGCACCCCGUGGGUAAGAAGUACGACGGCCAGGGCCAGGGCGCUUGCCACCACUUCCCCGACAUUGAUGGUGACGGCCGCGCGGAUCUCCACUUUGUCGAUCCCAUCCUCAACACUGCCAACACCUGGUUCAAUGUCUGCCCCGACGCUGGCGGUGACGACGGCGAGAGGUACGGCGACCCGGAGCUGCCGUGGGCCCCGGCCAAGCAUUGGAGGGACGCUAGGUGUACCGAUGCCUUUAUCAACGCGGCCGACGCUGACCCGCUGGCGCGCUGGGCGGCGGCUGGCGCGGACCAGGCUUUCUGGGAGGUGGCCAACGAGUACAAGAGGAACAGGGGCACUUUCCCCUACUUCUCGCAGUAUGUCAACAGCUUCUUCAACAGCACCGACUUUUCGUACUGCGGCGACCUCACGCAGACGACCCAGUGCUCCAGGUACACCUGCAACGAUGCCGAGCACAACAGGCCCGCACACCAACAGAUUGCCAAUGCACUCUUCCAGCUCCAUGCGCUCAUGAAUAACCUUUACGGAAGCAUUGACGGCGCCACGCUCGAGAUGCAAAGCCAGCUGACCUCCCUCACUGACACUUUUGCGCCUGGUUUCAAAGAUGACAGCGAGAAACUUGCCCGCAUCCUCAACGGAAUCGGUCUCGCUUUCGGUCUCGUUCUCGGCCCGGCUUUCAACUCAUGGGCUCGCUUUGGCACUGAGGCCGCGCGGCAGAACAUCAAGGACAUUGCGCUGGCGACCACAUCUUGGGGCGUGACCAUUGCCAAGGACGAGUAUGAGGUGCCCGGGACGGUGCAGGGAGGCCUCGAGGAGAUCUUCCUCGGCCCCGAGUCGCCCGAUGCCGAUGACCUAGCGCAGCGGGACGAGUCCCUCGACCAGCUGUACAGGACGCUCUCCACCACAACGCUCCUCAGGCCCAACUUGGCGAUGCCGAGCACGGAGAAGCUCAAGGAGUUCGUCAGGAAGACCCUGACCGAGUUCAUCAUUGCGCACGCCUGGGACAUUGGCGUGCAGGAUCAUCACCCUGUCGUCCUUCAGACCAACGAGAAGUGCGGGCAGCCCAUUAACUGGCCCGAGCACGACCCUCUCCUCGACCGGGGCGAUCUCCAGGCCAGCGAGGUAUGCAUUGACGGCAACCGGUACCAUCUCAUCUCUGCGCAGGGUAACUGCGAGCCUGUCGAGGGCUUCGGAUGCGGCGGCUACUUCACCCAGCUUCCUGGCUUUGACAAGCUCGGCUCAAACAAGUGGAACGGCGUCACCCGCGACGACUUUGUCCGCGGAGCCCUCGAGAGCUACCGCAUCCACGGUAACCACGCGGACACUGCCAAGUAUGAGGGUCCCAAGGGCAUCGAGUCCUUCUUCGAGAAGGAGUGGGGCGCGGCGGGCACUGUGCCUAUCGAGGUGUGCUCGAGGACUGAGGCUCUCAACGGCUUCAAGAACACGAGGAACGGUUCCCCCAAGUGGGUGUGCCCCAGCAAGGGCGGUGUCUAA